CUUUUUUUUUUGUUGAUUGAAAAGUUGAGCUUUUGUUUACCUUCAUAUUUUGUGUUCAUUAACUAAUUGUAAUCAAUUAAAUCUUCAAAUGUUUUACAAAAAUUCAAUUCGUUCUAUUCUAAGUAAUCGGUUUAUCAUUACUAAUCAACCUAAAUUAAACCUAUUCAAGUUUUCCAACAUUGAUCGUCAACGGAAAGAUUUGCUUGAAAAAUUUGAUGAAACAAAUUCUGAUGUUUACAAUCAAUUGAAAAAACUUAAUUGUGAAAAAAGACAAUUAGAUUGGACGGAGAUUCGAAAUAACCUGAUAAAGGAGCAUCCAAGAUCAUACAAUAACUAUAAUUUCGAGGUUCAAUUUAUGCAACACUUAUUGAAAAUUGGAAAUCCAGAGGAUGAGAUAAUUAAAUCUUUCACCGAUCAUGUGAAGAACCUGCUAAUCAAUCAAAACAACAAAGUGGUCCAAUGUCACCUAAUAAGAUUCAUAUUAACAAUGGAGAAACGUCCGGAUGUUGUUUACAUAAAAGAUGCUCUGGAAAGGAUAAGUAAAGAUCAAUAUUUCAUCAAAUAUCCGGUCAUUGGUAAAGCCUGGGCUGAAUUUGCCAAACUAUCACCAGAAUCUUGUAAACAAUCAAUUGAUUUUGCUAAAAAUCACCUAGUCUUACAAUGUGAUGCCUUGGACACCCUUUCAAUCAAUUGUCUUAAACAUCGGAUGUUUGAAGAUGUUGAAAAUUUACUGACAAUUUACAAGGAGAAAAGAUUAUCCGAUCAAAUUGUCGAGGAAUGGAUGAAAUCGCUGUUGAAAAUUGGUCCAGAUAAACGUUCAAGUGAAUUCGAUAGAUUUGUCAAAAUACUUUGGAUUAAACGUUUUCUUUACCAAAAAUCCAUGUUAAAGAGGGUGGAAAAGUUUUUACACUCAUGUGGAUAUAGUUUCAAGUCAAGUUCAAUUGAUUCAGACAAUUGUUCAUGUAAAGAAUGUGGAUCACCAAUGGAAACAAUUAGUCAAUCUGAAAUUGAAAAAUUACAAAUUGGUGUUGAUGAACGUCUUAUAAAUAAACAAGAUAAAGUUUAUAUCAUCUCAACACCAAUAGAAGUGGAAAAGUUUAAACGUUUCAUGAAUUCCCAUUCAUCUGAUCCAUUUAAUUUGGUUAUCGAUGGUCUCAAUGUUUCCUAUUAUAAUACAUCAAGAACCAUCGAGGAAAAUAAGAAAACAAAUACACUUUCGAUAAAAAAUCUUGGACUUAAUGAAAGUCUUUACGAAACCAUUGAGAUAAAUGAUAUUUUCAAAAGAUAUAAGAAAAUACUUGUAAUUGGACGUAAACACAUGGCCAAUUGGUCGUCGAUCCUACAACUGAGAGCUAAUCAUCCUGAUCAAGUUUGGAUCUACUUGUUGGACAAUAAAUCGGAAGACGAUGUGUUCACAAUUGCCGCUGCCAUUUCGAGCCUGAAAACUUACAUUUGGACCGCUGAUUUCAUGAGACAAUACAAGGGAUUACUUGGCUCAGAAUAUGGAGAUUUAUUUGAGAAAUGGAAAUACUGUCGACAAAUACGAUUCGCCCCAGGGUCUAAACGAAUACUUGAAUUUCCAAUCAAUGUUGAUUAUGUUUGCCAAUCCAAUGGAAAAGGAAAUUAUCACUUUCCAAUCAACAUGAAUAUCCGAGUCGAUAGUCAAGAACGAAUCUCAGCCCAUUGGAUGUGCAUUGGAAAAUCAGCAAUCAGAUGAUGAUAAUUACGAUUAAUUUUUAGAGAAACGUUUUUUUAUAUGUACAAUUUGUUUAAAUGAAUAAAAUUAGCUUUUGUUAAUUGUCAUUAAA